AUGAAGCCAAACCAUAUUACCUUUGUCGGUGUUUUGAUUGGCUGCAAUCAUGCUGGCCUAGUGGAUGAAGGCUGGAAUUCUUUCACUUCGAUGAGUCGUGAUUACUAUCUUGCACCAAGGGAGGAACAUUAUGCAUGCAUGGUUGACAUUCUUUGUCGAGCUGGGCAUCUAAACCAAGCUGAGAAAUUUAUCAAUGACAUGCCAUUUCAACCAGAUAGUAUUAUGUGGCAUACUUUGCUUAGUGCUUGUAGGAAAUAUGUAGAUAUAGAUCUAGGUGAGCGUACGGCUGAACGGCUUUUUGAAAUGUCACCGGAGAAUUCUUCACCGUAUAUAAUGCUGUCAAACAUUUAUGCUGCAGCUGGCAGGUGGAGUGAUGUGGCAAAGGUGAGGCAGAUAAUGAAUGACAGAGCAAUAAAAAGGAGUCCGGCAUGUAGCUGGAUUGAUGUCAAGGGCAAUGUACAUGCAUUUCUUGUUGGAGAUAAAUUACACCCACAAAGAGAUGAGAUCUAUGAAAUGCUGGAGAGACUAUCUGGACAGAUCAAGGAAGCAGGGCAUGUACCCGAAACAAAUCGUGUACUGCAUGAUGUGGAGGAGGAGCUGAAGGAAAACAUUAUUUCCCACCACAGUGAGAAGCUAGCCAUUGCAUUUGGGCUUCUUAACUUGCCACUUGGUAAACCUAUUCGGAUACUCAAGAACCUUCGUGUAUGUAGUGACUGCCACAAUGCAAUCAAAUUCAUUUCCAAGAUUGUUCAACGACAAAUAGUUGUGAGGGAUGCUAGCCGCUUCCACCAUUUCCAAGACGGUCUUUGUUCUUGUGGAGAUUAUUGGUGA